GACGUGGACGGCAUUUUUAAUUACAUUGAGUUUUGUGAAUAUUGGAAAGUGCAGUAUUUGCAGAUUACACUCGAUAUCAAAAUGGUUAAAUUAUACGCCUUGACAAUCCUGUAUAAAGGUCCAACAUCCGCGACAGCUUUAAAAUCAGCAUACGAUAUUGAUUCCUUUUCCUAUUUUCAAAGGAAUAGCGUUAAAGAAUUCAUGGCAUUUGUUAGUAAAACAAUAACUGAAAGAACACAAAUAGCAGCGAGACAAAGUGUCAAAGAAGGAGAAUAUAUGUGUCAUGUUUAUGUUAGAGGUGACAGUUUAGCUGGUGUUCUUAUUUCGGAUCAUGAAUAUCCAAAUAGGGUAUCACAUACGUUAAUUACAAAGGUUCUUGAUGAAUUUUCUGCAAAAUAUACAGUACAUAUGUGGCCUACAUUAAAAGAAGGAACCACUGAUUUUCAGCAAGUAAAUUUAUAUUUAGCUAAAUACCAAAAUCCAAGCGAGGCCGACGCUUUAACAAAAAUACAAGAAGACUUGGACGAGACUAAAAUUAUUCUACAUAGUACUUUAGAAGCGGUUCUGCAAAGAGGAGAAAAAUUAGACGAUCUUGUACAGAAAUCAGAAGGGCUCAGUAUUCAGUCGAAAGCCUUUUAUAAAACAGCCCGCAAGACUAAUUCUUGUUGCAGUCUUACCGCUUAAAAUGAAUUGUACAUUGUUAGCUAUGUUGGUUGAUUUUUAUACGCAUUAUUCUGUGGAUUCCAAAUUCUUGCAUAAU